AUGUCUGGCUUUUUUAGCACGUUUGUGAGGGGCUUUUUGGCGGGAGGCUCGAGUGGAGGUGGAUCUACAGAAUCGCGCUCGAGGUCGCCUUCGCCGUUGGGUCUCGGUGCUGAGGCGCGACGCACCGACGCUUCCAGCUCUUCAGAAAUCGAUAGGAAUCACUUUCCUCCGUCCGGGCACCACGAGUCAGCUACAGCAAGCGUCACCGCGUCGGGUACCACCGUGGGGUCUGGCGCUGCGACUGCUACCGAGGCUGAUGCCUUGCCCGCUACCUCUCCGGGCAGCGCACAGUCAUCACAGGAGCAAGGAGAUGCGAGCUCCGAUCCAGCAGAGGCUUCUGUAUCAAAUGGGAGUGGCGAGAGGAGGCGACAGAUCAGUCUAGAAACACUAAAUGGAUAUUUGGAAGCGCUUCACCAGGCGGGUGAGUCCGUCAAUGCGUAGCGCAAGCCGCUUAUUGGGUGCAUUGAGACGCUGACGCCACUGGCUGGGCUUCCCACAGACGUGGGAAGGCGGCGGCAUGCUUUGACGGAAGAAGAAGAAGCACGUACCGUCGUCGCGGCUUUCCCUACUCAACUGCCCAUCCCAGAAGGAUCAGAGCUGGGCGAGCUGGACGCAUUGCCGCACGUAGGACUCUCGUGGUCAGAUUACCGCCUAUAUCGCAUUCCUCUGCGAGACUCGCAAGGCCGAAUGGGUCUGGUUGCACUUCCAAAAGGUCCAAUCUUGGAUGUCUUUGGUCAAGGUCGACCUGACUUGCCACCGGGUACGGACGAGGAACGCUACACGCCAGAGACACCGGCUUUCAUACCACUCGGCAUCUCAUCUGCGCCCUUUUCCAUGAUCUUUGAUCACAGGACAUCCUACAUCUGGCCGAUUCGACCCAUGCCAGAUCACGUGCCACGAGAUGCGGUGCCCCAAUUCUAUUGUGACCCCGCUAUACCCAUUCAGGUGAGAUAGACCAGUCACUGCAAGUCGCGAAGUGGGCGAGUGGCUGACACGACUUACCCCCCACGAUCCACAGAUGAACGUAGGCUUCGGUGGACAAUCGCAGGCAGAAGCAGAACCGCAACCUGAUCCAAAGGCGACAGAGUCCUUCGUCGCGUCGUUAGAAAGAGCAGAUGCGGAGCUCAGAUCGCGAAUGGCGCGUCUGGAAUUGGGAGACAUCGGCACGGGAAAUGUGGGAUGCGCAAUCUGCUUAGAAGAGUACGACGCAGAAGACAGGCCUGAGUGGAUUGCUGGCUCGGCAGCGCGCGAUCACGAGUGCGUCGUGGUUCCUUGCGGAGGCUUCCACACCCUACAUGCCAGCUGUCUGCAAGAGUGGUUCUCGGCUAAACCUCCUAACGAGUGGGCCUGCCCAUUUUGUCGAGAAUCACUGGCGCCCAAAAAGUUUGUUAAGGGUAGGGUGGUCGAAUUGCCCAGGGCAAAGCUUGGGGUGGGGCUUAGGGAGGAUGUGAGGAGAAGGGAACGGCAGCAAGGUUGGAGGUGCGAUAGCCCUGCUUGUCUGCCAGAGUAUCCUGAAGACCAGAAUGGCGCUGAGAAAGACAAGGAGCGAGAGCAGCUGCUGAGACUGAAGCCUUGUGGACACGAACAUCAUUUGGACUGCCUCACCAUGGCCAUGCGUCUCGACAAUCCCUUUGCAACGUGCGAGGACGAGGAAGAUGACGGAGAUGCCUGCGCUUGGGACGGCACUUCGGACCCUUCAAGAUCCGCCUCCAAUGCUUCCGAAAACUCCUCGAGUCCAGCCGCUACCGAGAGUCUCAAAGACCAGGAGGCAUUCAAGAUGGCGGAAAAAGCUCCGACAGCAUCUACCAAGCAUGUCGACGAGGCACCAGCGCUGAGCGUGCCAACCAGCGAGGGUAAAUGGGUCACUUGCCCGACGUGCAGACAUGAGGCCUGGGCACCUCUGCCACGCAGGAGGAGGAAGCGCGCUGCUUCGUCGCAAGAGCAGGGCGAAGCGACGCAGUUGCCGCGUCGGUAA